UAGCUACCUCUACCUGGAGUAGCAGUAGGAGUUGUCUGCGUUGCGUUGCGUGCGGCGGCGGGGCAGGGCAGGGCAGGGCAAGCCCGUUCCAUCAGUCCAAGGUUUCCUUCGGCUUGCUUGCAGUGCGGGAGAGGGAAAUCUAUUUGUUUUGAUUUGUUAAGUUUGCGGGGAGGGGGGGUUUGUUUUGGAAUCGCGUAGGCGUGGUGCUAAGAUUAUCCUCCCCCGCUUCUCCAUCUCCAUUCUCCAAUCCAUCGCUGCCUUACGCCACAGGGACAAUCCAUCGCUGGGUGGGGUGCGGUGCUGAGCUUUUGCUUUGCUUCGUCUCCGAUGUGAUUGAUCCCUGCGAUAUAAACUGCCCCAUUAAUCAGGGUAGGAGCAAGCGGUCAAGCUAGCUAGCAGCACUUCCCUGCGCAACCAGAGAAAUUAAAGAGACAAGAGAGACAUCGACGCUUCUUUCUACUUCUGCUCCUCCUCCUCCUCCUGGCAGGCAACUAAUGAGAGGGGCCAUAGCCUCCAGGGGUUGAGGUGAAGAAACUACAGAACCAAAAAAAAGUGAGUCAAGACAAAACUUUCUGUACCUAUGGUGAUAGCAUCUGGAGUCAUAGACAGGAGGGCGUUUGGUCCAGUGUCAGAAUCAUCAUCGUCAUUCUUCUCUGAGGAUCUCGUCCCUACUGAGAGACAAGUUGGAUUUUGGAAAUCAGAGUCAAUGGUCGAUCAGAAAGGGAGCAAGUCAGCUUUCACUUCUCCGCUUGAAAAGGUCCAUCCCAUGGGAGUAAAUCCUGCAUGUGGUCUGGAAAAUCCAGGAGCUCAAGCACUCAAGGGUCAAUUGGAUGUACUUAACCUCAGUAAUUUGAUGGGGCAAGAAGAAAAUGCUUCAAGCUUGCCAUCAAUUUCUUGGGGUGAUGCCCUCAGUAGCUCCAGAUCCAGGCUUGGCUUGUCGACAAGAGAGACAGCUUUUGUUGAACUAACUAGUGCUGAUCGACGUGUGCAUGGCUAUGGAAAUAGCCCUUCAUCCAGCUCCUUCUCUGAAGUGUUCAGUAGCAAAUCGAGAUUGAUGGCAAGUGGUGUUCUUGGUCAAUCUGCUGAUGCAAAUAACUCCAGCUGUGAUGGAGAUGAACCUCUAGGGUCCAUGAAAGAAAUUGAAGCUCAGACUAUUGGAGACCUCCUUCCCGAUGACGAUGAUUUAAUAUCAGGCGUUAUAGAUGGUUUUGAAUACACUGGCCUAUCGAACCAGGAUGAUGCUGAUGAAGAUAUAUUCUGCACUGGAGGAGGAAUGGAGUUAGAGAAUGAUGAUUCCAGCAAAGGUGACAAAUAUCAUGAAGGAUCCUUCAAGAGUCAACUUUCUAGGGAACAACAGUCUAUCAAUAAACACCCUUCCAGAGCUCUUAUAAUAAAAAACAUUAAUGCUAGCAUUGAGGAUUCUGAACUGCGGGUUCUGUUUCAGCAAUUUGGGGACGUACAGACACUUUACACCUGCAAGAAUCAUGGAUUUGUUACAGUGUCUUAUUAUGACAUAAGAUCUGCUGAGAACGCGAUGAGAGCACUGCAUAACAAAGCUCUGGGACUGAUGAACCUUGAUGUACAAUCUUCCAUUCCUAAGGAAAAGGUUCCAAACAAAUAUCCCAAUAACGGAAUACUUGUGGUAUCCAUCAUUGACUCUUCCAUCUCUAACGAUGAUCUUCUCCAAAUACUUGGUGUUUAUGGUGAUGUCAAGGAGAUUUUCAGGGCUCCUACAAGCUGCAAUAAGAAAUUUGUAGAGUUCUAUGAUGUUAGAGCAGCAGAAGCAGCAGUGAAUGACCUUAGUAAGGAUGAUAUGUCAUGCCCAAAAAUCAAGGUUGAGCUUAGCCAUUCGGGAGGAGUAAAAUCCUGCUUCACAGAGCAAUGUUCUGGAGAAUGGAAGCAGGACACUGUAUUUCACCAGCUUAAGAACUCUCCGCCUGGGACCAUUGGAAAGUUGGGGCCUAAAAGUUGGGAGCACGGCUCUUAUCAUAAUUUAUAUUAUCCGGCUAGAACACAAUUCAAUAAAUCACUCCAUAGAUUCUCUAUGAAUGGUCCUCAGAAAUUAUCAUCACCUAUCAGAAUCGAGUCUACACGUCAGCACAGUAAUCAAGUGACCUUUGGUGAACCUAGUGGGUCACUUGGUCAAGGAAAAUUUGGAUGUGAACUGCGAGCCUUCCACCCACACUCACUGCCAGAGUGUCAUAGUGAUAUUUGCAAUAGCUCUAAGUUGACAUUAAGUGCCAGGAGUCCCAGCUUCAGACUUACUGAAGGAAUGGAUUAUAAUAAUCAUAAGGUCAGCUCCAGUGACCUUCACGGUCAUUUCUCUGAUGAAAAUGAAGCGUUUGGGGUUACUGGAAUUGGAAGUUGCCCACUUCAUGGACAUAACUACACCUGGAAUAACUUAGAUGGUUUUCCUCAAAGCCCCUCUGCUCCAAUGAUAUGGUCGAACUUUCAGCAACCGAUGCAUAUGCAUGGUUACCCUGUUGUGCCACCUCACAUGUUGAACACUGGUGCUCAUCCUAUGGACCAACAUCACUUUGGUUCAGCUCCAAACAAUGUUGGCAGUUUUGCAAAUGUACACUCCUUUCAUCCAGGAUCUCUUGAGAAUGUAGGGUUUCCUGGUAGCCCUCAACUAUAUCCAUCAGAUCUCUCUGUAUUUGCGCCUACCAGAGGAAAUUACAGGGAGACCAUAUUCUCUCCCGUAAAUGCUGGAUUUCCAUCAUUUCAGCAAAUUUUUCAUGCAACCAACGGAAGGAAUCCUAUGAUCCGUUUUUCCACUUCAUAUGAUGCCACUAAUGAUCAGAUCAGGAGCCGCAGGCAUGAUGGGAACGCUGUCCAGUCUGAAAACAAGAAGCAAUUUGAGCUUGACAUUGACCGCAUAGCGAAGGAUGAAGACUUGCGCACCACACUGAUGAUCAAAAACAUUCCUAACAAGUACAAUUGUAAGCUGCUUUUGGCUGUGAUUGAUGAGAAUCACCGAGGAACCUAUGAUUUCUUCUAUCUUCCGAUUGAUUUUAAGAACAAAUGUAAUGUGGGCUAUGCUUUCAUCAAUAUGACUGAUCCGCAGCACAUAAUUCCAUUUUAUAAGACAUUUAAUGGCAAGAAAUGGGAAAAGUUCAACAGCGAGAAAGUGGCGUCACUUGCGUACGCCAGAAUCCAGGGGAGGAGUGCUUUGAUUGCUCAUUUCCAGAAUUCUAGCCUGAUGAAUGAAGAGAAAUGGUGCCGUCCUAUCCUUUUCCACAAAGAUGGUCCUAAUUUAGGGGAUCAGGAGCCUUUCCCUGUCGGGAACAAUGUCCAGUCUCGGUCUGGGAGAAACAGGCCGCUCACUAGUUCCGGCACUAAAGACGGAAGUCCAUCAACCUCACCAAACUAAGAAAACACAAGCAUCCGAGCCAACUCGAUUUGGCUCCGGACCGAGGACAGCUUGGAGCAAGCCUAACCAGUAUUUACUCACUAAAUGGAGGCUGAAGAACCUGUAAUAAAUUAUUCACAGUUUUGCUUUUUUUUUUUUCCUCAUCAGCAAUGUUGUAACUUGUGGAUGCAAUGAACUCUGCCCUGCAUGAGGCUGCUGAAGAUUCACCCUAAAUUAUGCGAGACCCUCAGUUUCAAACUUAUUAAUCGACGGCUACAAGUACGGAGAAGAGCAAGCAGGUGAAGAGUAGAGAGAGAGGUGCUGUGUUUUGGGUGAAAUGGAACUUGUACAGUUGAAUUCAUCAGGAUUGCUAAAUGCUAAUCGACUUGAAUUGUUCUCA